AUGGCUUUGGAACCGAUCGACGUAACUACACACUCGGCCGAGAUCGAGCGUGUUUACUUGGAGGUUGUUAAGGGUACAAAUCCUGAUUUAACAUGGUUGAUUUUGACACCUACAGAAAACAAGUCAUAUGCACCAGAAUAUACUGGGAGUGAGUUCCGGAAGUUUUUGAAAAGUUUUGAAGAGCAUAAGGUACAGUAUGGGCUAGCACGCGUAUCCCCACCAGGUUCGGACGUCCACAAACUUUUAUUAGUGGGGUGGUGCCCUGAUUCGUCACCAUUGAGGUUUAAGGCUUCAUUUGCAAGCAACUUUGCUAUAGUUGCGAAUAAUGUAUUGCGUGGGUAUCAUGUGCAAGUAACUGCUAGGGAUGAUGAUGAUUUACACGAACGGGAGUUGUUAAUGAAGAUUAGCAAUGCAGCAGGGGCGCGUUAUUCUUUUCAGCAAUAUGACUCUUUACCCCGUCCUACGAAAACCACAUCUAUACCCAAGCCAGAACCUGCCACUGCACCUAAACCCCGUCCGGGUGACGUGCCAAAGCCUUUUGUUACACCAAGAGCUACUGCUAAUUCUAACACCGUGAGUGAAAAGGAAAAAGCCAAGAUCAGCGACACUAGCGAUAGCAGUAGCAAGAAUAGCAGUAAGAGCAGUAGCAAGAAUAGCAGCAAGAGUAGCAGCACCAAACCUGAGAAGGAAUCUUCUGUUGCAGCAUCUCCUGCCAAGUCAACCCCCGCCACUCAGGAGGAUACUCAAAACGAUGGUUGGAAUGAACCGGAGUUAAAGGAACGCGAUUUUGAAAAGCAACCUUUAGAACCUAACAAAUCUUCCUGGAAACCUGUUGGUAAGGUAGACCUCCAAAAAGUCAUUGAAGAAGAAAGUUCAAAAAGUUAUCCUGGUUUAUAUUCGUCAAACAAGUCAGAGGUGACGAAAUCUGAACGCAGUAGUAAUAAGGUUAAUGCAUCAGAGGAUAUUGCCAAGCUGCGCGCAGAAUCAAAGCAGAAGCGCGAAUAUGAGUAUAGUCAGGUCCUUGGUACUAAAUCUAAGGGCUUAAAUAACUCUGAGCGCGCGUCUCAAUCACCUGAUAGGGAAGCUUCAGAUGCCUCUAACAAGGCGGAAGAGACAGAACAAGAUAGCGGUGCGAAACGGCCGGCUACGAAAAUACCGGAAUCAAAAUUUGGCCAUAAGGGUGCGGACUUCGAGCCCACUAUUAUUACUCCUAAGCAAUUCUCAGAACCUUCUCCGAUAUCAGUUGAUGAUAAGUCCACCAAGACUUCUUCUAGCCAUACAAAGUUUGGCAGGGCUCUUCCAGGUUUGAUCCCUGUCUCAACCCCAUCUGACAGCGCUACUGAUGAUUCUCCGCAACCACCUUUGCCUCCUAGACCGUCCACUUCACCAAAGAAAGAUUCGCAAGAUCAUUCGUCUAGUGACUCAGAGGAUUCUGAUAGAGGUGAAGAAGAAAGCAAAGACCAGGAACAAAAGGAAGACUCUGAAAAAGAAGAAGAAGAAGAAGAAGAAGAAGAAGAAGAAGAAGAAGAAGACCACGAUGACGACGACGACGACGACGACGACGAAAAGCAAUCUGUGGAAUUAUCAGAACAUGGUUCGUUUACAGAACAGCAGGAAUCAGCUUCGGCCACCGAAAACUCUCCUGCUCUACCUUUAAGAGCUAGACCUCCUCCGCCAGCUUCUAGAAAUGCCUCUGAGCCUUCUAAAGAAGAACAAACCCCAUCUGCUAUUGCUGAAUACGACUAUGAGGCUGCUGAAGACAACGAAUUAACUUUUGAGGAAGGAGACUUGAUAAUUAACAUCGAAUUCGUUGAUGAAGAUUGGUGGCUAGGCCAGUUGAAAAAGACCGGCGAAAAGGGCUUGUUUCCACGCAACUACGUUGAGUUACAAGAUUGA